AUGGUUCGAUCAGACACCCCGCAGAUCUUCGCUGCGGCCCGUAUGCUUAGAUUGUGCCUGUUGCAAUGUAUUCUCCGAGUGACUGUUUAUCUCCAGGCCAUUCGUGGCAUGGCCUAUGGCUUGGUCAUUGGUUGCAACAGCAGCGCUGUGAAGCUGGGCAUCAGAUCUGCCAUCCUUCGCCUGUAUCUAUCUAUUGACUUUGGUGGGCCAAAGAUGCUGGUAUACCCACCCUCCGAAGCGGAACAGAUAAAAAGGUUGCUCCAAAACUUGUCAAUCCGUAUUGAAGAUCUUGAGCGAGCGGUAUCAGUCGGCAAUUCCCAGAUCAAUCAGAUUGGUUUCAACAUUGAACGAGCGUUGCCAAAGCUUCUGAGCGCUACGGAAGAUUUCCGAGAAACUAUUGAAAGCUUGCGGAAAAGCCUGAAGGUUUUUACGCGAGUUGGUGAACCACUUACUAGGCUGUUCCUUGGAGAUGGGCAGCAUGAGUUCAUUUUGGUCCUCAAUGAGCUCAGCAUGAGCUAUCAGUUCCAUCAUGCUAUUGCUUCCCCCUACGAAGCUCAGAUGGAGUGGGAAAGGACUCUCAAGGACCACGAUAUGAAUGGUAUCGAUGCACUGCCUCCUCGAUCGCCAUCACCCUUGCAAUUGCCCUCGCCUAUCAUCCCCCGGCUAAUCUAG